AUGUUUGUUCUGUGCGACGUGAUGACCGGGUACAUCUUGAGGUUCAUCGUGUAUACCGGAGCUUCCACGACAAUGACGAUGAUGAAGGAGUUGGGAUUUUCGGGCUCAGUUGUCCUCGAGUUGCUCAACCACUAUCUAGGAAAGGGGCAUUCUCUUUUCGUAGACAACUGGUACACCAGUCCGGCACUUUUCCAAUAUCUUCAAGGGAAGCAAACCAAUGCCUGCGGAACAGUUCGACAGAACAGAAAGGGACUUCCCAAGUUCAAAAAAAAGAUGAGAAGGGGAGAAGUAGAGUCAUUUCAUACCGAUACUCUUCUGGCACUGAAGUGGUUUGACAAAAGGGAAGUGCAUUUGUUGACCUCAAUGCAUGAAGCUCAUCUUGAGGACACUGGCAAGGUGGACAGAAGAACAGGCACUCCACAGAAAAAGCCAGCAUGCGUACUCGAGUACAACCAGAAGAUGGGACUCGUGGACAAAGUAGACAUGCAGCUGAGCUUCACUGAAAGCAUCAGGAAGACGCUGAAGUGGUACAAGAAGUUUUUUUUUCACCUUCUGGACAUGUCUCUGUUGAAUGCAUUCCUCCUUCACCGUGAAAGGAGUGCCUCCAAGAUCACGUUCGCCGAGUUCAGAAGAAGAGUCGUAUACCAGCUCGUUGAAGAGCAUCAUACUGAGAGGCGAAAGGGUGGAAGGCCCAGCGGAGACAACCCAACGAGGCUGACAGCACGACACUUCCUCGAGAGGGUGCCACAAACAUCGGCGAAAGGCAGCCGCACCCAACGAAGGUGCCACGUGUGUGCCAACACAGCUCUCAGACCGAAGCAAAGAAAGGACACAAGGUUCAUGUGCGCCGCCUGUGACAAGGGCCUGUGUGUGGAACCCUGCUUCAAGGACUACCACACUUUGAAGAAGUACUAG